AAGUACUAUAUAUCCCCUAUUCAUUUCUUAUAAGUUGACUUUAAGUAUCAUAUAUUGUUCAAAUUUAUCAAUACUCCAUAUAGUUAGUUGCUUUAAAUUGGUUUGUUAAACUACUACCACAGACACCGUAUGUAUUAUGAUUAGAGCAAUUUUUCUUAUGUUGCGAUCAUAGCUCGUAUAACAACCAAAACAGUGUCGUAUAGACAGUUGAGGCUAAGUUCAAGUAUUGUAAUUGUAGGGAACGACUAAAACCAUAUAAAUCAACGAAUAGAUACCUAAAUUACCUGAAGUACCUCAACAGUCCUCUUAUUACAAUUAUAUUUCAUUAGCCAUACUCAAUUAGAUCAUAUUUCAAGCUUUGACACAGUAUUAUCUCGGUGAGCGGCCUGAAAAAAAAAAUUAUAACAGUAAACAUUGAAAAAUUUACUAUACGAGAUCAAACAAUCAUUUUCAAGACAUUACUUCAAACGAUAUGCCACAAGUAUUGAAUCCCAAGACGACUCAUUGGGAAUUCUCUGGUCUUCCCGGUGCCAUUGGAAUAACGUUAGGAUUACCUACUUUAAUUACAUUUUUUGCAUUAAUCACCAAUGAAACUUAUUCAUUAGAUGGUAUAAAUCUUGAUAUAACAGCAGUUUUAUCACAACUUCCGUCAACUCCAACUGAAUGGUUUGAAUUAUGCUUUAAUAAAGCUUGUUGGACAGCUUAUUUGGUGUGGUUCUUUGGUUUAGUGGUGUUGGAUUUCAUUCUCCCUGGAAAGAAUAUGAAAGGGGUUGCUCUCAGAGAUAAUACUCAAUUAAAUUAUAAAAUUAAUGGAUUAGCUAUGUCAGGUACUUUAGUUGUGGUGUUACUUGCUCGAGUUUAUCAAUCUGAUAAUUGGUUUUUACCAGAGUUACAAUUCAUUUAUGAUAAUCAAUUACAAUUAACUAUCGUCACUACCAUAUUUUCAUUCCUUUUGGCUGUGUUCGUCUAUGUAUGUUCAUUUAUCCCAUUAGCCAAACUUAAUGGAUCAGGAAACAGAGAAAGAAUUUUAUCAAUCAAUGGUAAUACAGGUAAUGUAAUUUAUGAUUGGUUUAUUGGCCGUGAAUUGAAUCCAAGAAUAGGUACUUGGGAUAUUAAAUUGUUCUGUGAAUUAAGACCAGGUUUAUUACUUUGGUUUUUAAUUAAUUUAUCUUGUAUUCAUAAUCAAUAUCAUACCUACGGGGAAGUUACCGAUUCAUUAAUUUUACUUAAUGCUUUACAAGCCUUUUAUGUUUUUGAUGGUGUAUUGAAUGAAGAAGGUGUGUUAAGUAUGAUUGAUAUUACUACCGAUGGAUUUGGAUUCAUGCUUAGUUUUGGAGAUUUAGCUUGGUUACCUUGGUCAUAUUCUGUUCAAACUAGAUAUGUAAGUUUACCUGAACAUAAAGUUAAUCUUGGACCUGUGAAUAUUGCUUUGAUUGUUGGUAUUAAAGCCCUUGGCUAUUAUAUUUUCCAUUCAUCCAAUAAACAAAAAUCUGAUUUCAGACAAGGAAAAUUAGAUCAUCUCAAUUUAAAGAGUAUUAAGACUCAAACUGGAUCAAAAUUAUUAUGCGAUGGAUGGUGGGGAUUAUCACAACAUAUCAAUUAUCUUGGUGAUUGGUUAAUUGGAUGGUCAUGGUGUUUACCAACUGGAUUCCAAACCCCUUUGACUUACUUUUAUGUUAUCUAUUUUGGAACUUUAUUAUUACAUAGACAAACAAGAGAUGAAGCCAAAUGUAAAGCCAAAUAUGGAAAACAAUGGGAGGAGUAUGAAUCUAAAGUUCCUUAUAAGAUUAUUCCAUACGUUUAUUAGGAAUAAGACUAACAACACAAUGCAUAAUAAUAAUAAUUUUUGUAUGUAUAUUAUUGAAAAAAUAGAACUAAAAAUGAGUAAAUUGACAAAAUUUAUAUAAUCAAAUAGAAU